UUAUACACAGGGAAAAAGAGGAAGCCUGACUGCUGCUGCAGAAAGUCCCCACUGGGGAAAAGGGGAUACUGUUUGGGUAGCAUUAAAUAGUGAGUGCUCCAUGGAAAGUUCAGUGCCUAGGUGUAGAACCUUGUAUCGGCUCUGAUUUUGAAUCAGAAGCAGACGGUUUGCAGCUGGCCAGUCAAGGGACUUGUCAGGAAGUUGACUAAUGAUCUUGAUUUUAAUAGGAAGCCUUUUAAAGGGGAUGCAGCUUCUGCUAGAUACUGUAAACUCCUGAAUCACUAGAUUUGGCUCUGCUUUUUGGACACUCAGAAAACUCGGGCAUUUCCAAGCCAGCUUUCCCUUUUGCUUCAGGACAUAGAUUACCCAAGCCUGCACUAUGGAGAAGGGGGACGGUAAUGAGGGCGCCUCAGCUUUUCACAUGCCUGAGUGGAUGCAGAUCCAAUUUGCUGACCAGAAGCAAGAAUUCAAUAAACGUCCCACGAAAAUUGGACGUCGCUCUCUGUCUCGCUCGAUUUCCCAGUCAUCAACUGACAGCUACAGCUCAGCGGCUUCAUAUACAGAUAGCUCUGAUGAUGAGACCUCUCCUAGAGACAAACAACAAAAGAACUCUAAGGGGAACAGUGACUUCUGUGUCAAGAACAUCAAACAGGCAGAGUUUGGACGAAGAGAGAUUGAAAUUGCUGAGCAAGAAAUGCCAGCACUGAUGGCUUUGCGGAAGAGAGCUCAAGGAGAGAAACCUUUGGCCGGAGCCAAGAUUGUGGGUUGCACGCACAUCACUGCUCAGACUGCUGUGCUUAUGGAAACUCUGGGAGCUCUGGGAGCACAGUGCCGAUGGGCUGCCUGCAACAUCUAUUCCACCCUCAACGAAGUGGCUGCUGCUCUAGCAGAAAGUGGAUUUCCUGUGUUUGCCUGGAAAGGAGAGUCAGAAGAUGACUUCUGGUGGUGCAUUGAUAGAUGUGUGAAUGUGGAGGGCUGGCAGCCAAACAUGAUCUUGGAUGAUGGAGGGGAUCUUACUCAUUGGAUUUAUAAGAAGUAUCCCAACAUGUUUAAGAAAAUCAAGGGCAUAGUGGAGGAGAGUGUUACCGGUGUCCAUAGGCUGUACCAGCUAUCCAAAGCUGGGAAGCUGUGUGUUCCAGCCAUGAAUGUCAAUGACUCAGUCACAAAACAGAAAUUUGACAACCUCUACUGUUGCCGUGAAUCAAUUCUUGAUGGACUUAAAAGAACAACAGACAUGAUGUUUGGUGGGAAGCAGGUGGUGGUCUGUGGCUAUGGAGAGGUCGGGAAGGGGUGCUGUGCUGCCUUGAAAGCUAUGGGCUCCAUUGUGUACGUGACUGAGAUCGACCCCAUCUGCGCUCUUCAAGCCUGUAUGGAUGGAUUUCGACUGGUGAAAUUGAAUGAGGUCAUCCGACAAGUGGAUAUUGUUAUUACCUGUACAGGUAAUAAGAAUGUGGUAACCAGAGAGCAUUUAGAUCGUAUGAAGAAUAGCUGCAUCGUUUGUAACAUGGGACAUUCAAACACGGAGAUUGACGUGGCGAGUCUGCGGACACCAGAACUGACGUGGGAGCGAGUGAGAUCCCAAGUUGACCAUGUAAUAUGGCCUGACGGCAAGAGGAUAGUAUUGUUGGCAGAGGGCCGUCUGCUGAACCUAAGCUGCUCCACAGUGCCUACAUUUGUGCUCUCAAUCACUGCUACAACUCAGGCUCUAGCCCUGAUAGAGCUCUACAAUGCUCCUGAGGGUCGCUAUAAGCAAGAUGUCUACCUGUUGCCCAAGAAAAUGGAUGAGUAUGUGGCCAGCCUACACCUGCCCACCUUUGAUGCCCACCUGACUGAGCUGACAGAUGAACAGGCCAAGUAUCUGGGGCUCAACAAAAAUGGGCCCUUCAAGCCCAAUUACUACAGGUAUUAAGUUCCUGUAACUCAAGCCGGAAGUUUUAAGGAAUAGAACUCAUAUACUGGAAAGAACCCAGCAAACUGCUUCUCCAAUAAGCUGCCCGCCGUGCUCACCCUCUAUGUUAGGUUAUUUAUUUAUUAAAAUCUAGAAUCCUGUGCCUGUCUCCUCGGCCCAGAGUGUGGUUGCUGUCCCAAGGGCUGUGAGAGCCGCAGGGGACAGGCUGAGGAAGGAAGGAAAUGGGGUUCCCGGUGCAUCUUUUGCAUCAUUCCCCACUGACUCAGAAUCCUCAGCACUGGUCAUCGUUCUCUAGUCCAGGCUCAGGAGUUCGUCUGUGGAUUCCAGACUCCUUGUUUUCUGGGGUUUUCUGGAAUAAAUUUUUAGCAGCUGCCUUUCUCAGCUUUGGCCCUUCCCCAGGUGAGGCCUUUAGGAAGCCAUUGAGUUAACACGGCCUGGGUUCCCAGCCUUGACCCUCUCUAUCACUGCCUUCUUUAUAAAAUGGCUGGGAAGGAAGGAGUGUUGUGUCUUUGGCAAACUGCACCGAGAUCUCAGCUGUGCCUGUGCUUCCUGGGAGUCUCCUUCCGUACCCAGGACUCCUUUUCUUCCCCUUGAAUAUUUAUGUCCAUUUUAACACUUUCCGGUUCCAAGAGGAGUGUGCCUCUACUAUUUCCUCAGCAGCUCUGAUGUUUGUCAGACAUUUGUUUUGCCAUCUUUCUAACCCACCUAGCCUCUGCUCAGGAAGUGAGGGCCAGCCCCACUGGGGCCCAUAAUUUUACUUCCUUGUCAUUUAACUGGAUAGUUUCCCAGGAGGCCCCCUCCAGAUUGGCACUAUCUCAGAAAAAAAGGAGGCUUGUUGUGAAACACUGCUUCCCGAAACUUCCUUCGAUUGCCUAAAACUCCUCCUAAAGCUGAGCAGGAAGUGGCUUGCUUUCCAAGGGACCCAGGGGAGUAGGGCUACAGAAAUGCAGCCCACAGCUCAGCACCCUAAAGAAGCAGAAUAUAUUUGUCUCCUGGGAAGGGCUUUGAAGCUUAACUGGCUAAGCUAUCCAGGGAAGACACUGUAAACUGAAUCCAUGUGAUCACAGUUCAGUUGACUAAUUUGAACCUCAUCAAAUAUUCAUUCCUUUGGCCAUUGCCAUUGAUGAAACUGAGAUCUAAUAUCUCUGCAAUUUGGUCUGUGGUCUUUCUUUUCUGCUGGGAUAUUGCUUUAUGUUCUGCCCUUUUCUAUCUUGGGAUUCUGUGUUUUGGAGGUAGUUUCUUAAGUAAACUCCGAAAUUACAAAAAAAUGUAAUAUGAGCAAUCUGAAGUGUUGUGUCCCACCUAAGAGCUGAAUUCCUUUUGGAGACUGACCUGUUAGUCUGAAAGCUUCCAUUGAGACCAGAUUGGUUCCAAGAGGUAAAGUCUGGAGUGGCCCUAGGUAUCUGGAAUGAAAUCAGUCCUUUUCCCCUCUGCCAACCCUGUUUAACACUCUCAGUUUUCUUUGUUUUUCUGUUUUUUCCCUUGUCCUGGUCUGGCUCAAAGUCUCAAGACUAGGGUGACUCAAGGAAACAACAGACCACCCAGGAUCACCAUAACCUUCCCAACCUAAUUCUGCCCUCCAAUUUCUACCUUCUCUACCUUCUCCUGGUCUUCACAUAUAGCCACAGAGCUAGUCUGGAAAUGACCUUCCUUUUGAAGGUAGGAAGGUGGACCUUAGGUAAAUGGCUGUUUGCCUCGUUAAAUAGUACAGUCUCAACCCAUAGAAUCUGGUUCCUCAGAGGCCAUAUAUCUUAGCAAGUACUGGAAAAAUGCCACAUACGUGGCUAUAUUUUUUCAUGGAGAAGAUCAUAAAUGUUGAAAAUUCCACUAGGCCAUUCAGUUCUUCCUUUUGCCUACCCAGUUCUGGCUUUUGUAUUAAUUAACUGGAUUAAUUGCAGAAGAUUCAAAAGAUGAGAUUUUUCUUCUCAUCUUAUAUCCAGAGAUGAUUCCAUUAGGCAGAUAUCCAGACCCUAGCCUAUUAUGUUCCUAAGCCAAAAGUCAUAACCUGUUGUUUCUCAGCAAAGCCUGGCAGCUGCCUGUGGAACCCACAAGCAUGUGCUGAUCCUGUCAGCGCAUACUCCACCUUGCCAUGGUGAAGAGACCAUUCCACAUGAAAAAGGAGCCACAUUGGGCUUCUAGAUUAGGUUGCCCAUGUUGCUGCCCAUGGUGAGGUGUUUGCCUCUGAGUUUCAGGUGAUCACCAUCCUUUCUUUCUGGGGACUCUGUGUCAUAAUCAUUAAUGAGAAGGAGGUCCAGGCCUCCUGAGUAUUUGGGUUCUACUUUGGUGUUGGAAUUCAGUCAUUAUUCUUUCUGCCCAGGUAAUCAGAACAAAAGUGUCUUCUUCCCUCACUUAGAUGCAUCCUAGGUAUCUGGAUGCAUCUUAAGCUCUCACCUUAAAUGCAUUUCUAGGUAUCUGGAAGCCUGGGAAAGAAGACCAAUGAUCUCUUUAUAUGUGGCCCUGGCCUGUGAGGUCUUACCAUUUUCUCUGCAAUGAAUUGUGCUAAUUUUCAAUGAUUUUUUUUUUUUGCUUUCUUAAUAGAAAUAUUUUCUUUUUCUCAUUCAAAAAAAAAAAAAAAAAAGGUAUCUGGUCUACCUUCCCUCUGCCCUCCUGGCUCCUAAUCCUCCCCUCCUAUAUGAGCACGGCUCCCCAUGGCCACAUGCUCCUAUGAAGCUUUUCUGCUGCCUGGCUUUUCUCUGAACAGAUCUGAAAUUGCUGCUCCUGUGGUUUUCUCCAAAUUAACUUUGUCAUGGUUUUAAAAAAAAAAUCAAGAUGCAUUGUUGCAUUAUGCUUUUUUAAUAAAGGAAAAUUACAGAAAAAAAUAGGCAACACCAGCAAAUUAUAUGUGGACAAUUCUAAACUAUAUAUACAUACAUAUAUAUAUAAAUAAUCAUCUAGUUCUCAUUGUCAUCUUACUGAAAGGAAAUAAAACCUCUAAUGAUUGCCAUUUCUGAGAGGCUCUUGGAAAUCUUUAUGUCUAAGUGAUUGUAUUAGAUCAGCAAUAAUGAAUAUGUAAUCUCAAAAGAUAAAUAAAAUAUUCUUAAAAUGGA